AUGGCAACAGCUUGUAAUUUAUUGUUAAAGAUAGCUAAUAAAAAUGUUAGGGAUAUCAGAUCAUUUGCAUUAUAUCCUAGUUCAAUUCAUAAUUACAUUACGCCUAGCAAGCAAUUAUUUUAUCGAAAAUAUUCUGAAGAUUUAAAAAAUAGAAUUAUGACGAUACCCAACAUUAUAACAACAGCUAGAUUAUUAGUUACCCCAAUAAUAUGUCUGACAAUAACUAAAGAAUAUUAUAUUACUUCUGCUAUAAUGUUUGCCUUAGCAGGAAUUUCAGAUCUUUUUGAUGGAAUGAUUGCUCGAAAUAUUCCCAAUCAACAAUCCAAAUUAGGUGCAAUUAUUGAUCCUUUGGCUGAUAAAAUCUUAGUUAAUGCUGUUUGUAUAACAUUAACAUAUAUGGAGUUAAUUCCAAUUUAUGUUGCGUUUCUCAUAAUAUUCAGAGACAUUGGUAUAUUAGGCUACAUAGGAUAUAUCAAAUUCAAAAAGUCUAUUCUCAAAAAUAAUAAAAACUUCAAUGAAAAAAUUAAAUUUACUCCCACUUUUUUAAGCAAAUGCAAUACAGCUCUACAAUUAUCAACAGUAACUACAGCCUUAUUAUCACCUAUAUAUCAUUACCCUUCUUCACACCCUUUAAUGUCUGCAUUAUACAUCGCAACAGCCUCAACAACUCUUAUGUCCGGAAUUCAAUAUUACAUUAUGAGACAUCAAUUUAUUACAAAAAAUUAAUAAUUCAAAUCUAUUUUUAAAUUAAUUAUGAAUUUAGUCAAAUAGUUGUAUUGUAAUAAUUUUAUUACUUUAUUAUAUAUGUAAAUAUUAAAACAAUUAAAUGCAUUGUAUUUAUUAAUGUGUAUAAAAUAUACAGAUAAUCAAUCAUUUUCUGUAAUAAAAUAUAAUCAGAACCAAGUUAAUCAAAUUUUAGGACCAAUUCAUUUUGAUUGCCUAUAUCCAUUUGUACUUUUUUACGCAUGUAAUAUA